GUAUAUAUACCAGGGUAGUGUGGCGGUGCGGAGAUCUCCAGCACUUUCCUUGUCGCUCGCCGAGUCAUUUCCCUUGUCAGUUUCUCUCACACCACACCAACAUACAUCAUGCGUGAGAUUGUCCAUCUUCAGGCCGGACAGUGCGGCAACCAGAUUGGUGCCAAGUUCUGGGAAGUGAUCUCAGACGAGCAUGGCAUCGACCCAACAGGGACAUACCACGGCGACUCCGACCUCCAGCUGGAGAGGAUCAACGUCUACUACAACGAGGCCACAGGAGGCAAGUAUGUGCCCAGGGCUGUACUGGUGGACCUGGAGCCCGGCACCAUGGACAGUGUCCGCUCCGGACCCUUCGGACAGAUCUUCAG